AUGUCAACUCCUGACGCCAGGCAAAUCACCAACAACCAUACCAGCCAUGAAGGAGAUGCACCACCCUUGGAAGAAUACUGGAGAAUCAUCGAUUCCAUGAACCCAGACCCAGAAAUGAGAGCGAAAUUGCGUCGCCUUCUCGAACCCCCCAUCUCCGACUACAACAAGGACGUGGCCGCAGGCAUGAUACAGGGUAUGCAGAUCCUCCAAUCCUACGCUCAAGAGCUUCCCCAUGCCCUACCAGAUCGGAAGUCCCGGAUCUACGAUCAUGCUCGCAAGAUACAAAUAGUGCUCGCCAGGAUACUCGACGUUGCUGUUGAUGGUCAGCCCGUGCCGGGCCGGAGAGUAGUUCUGGAGAUAAUGGAGAGGAACUCUCAACGCUUUUCGGCACCGUUAUACACUGCCAUCGCUCGGGUUUGUGGGCAUCCUCGAUUUAACCGGCCAUCAGAUUCGCAGGGAGCAGAUGUGUAG